GUGAUAAUCAACCCAUCAGGAAGCCAGUUGACACUCUCUCCAUUCGAGCCCAUCCAGCAGUCGUGUUUUCCCUGCGCUCGCCAGCGCAGUCGCCCGUCUAUAAAUACGUGGAUGAGCCAAUGGAUUCGAAUUUCACUAGGAUGGGCAUGAAAACGCGGUUGGCCGUCCUUGUAGGGCUGGUCUUGUGUCUUGCUUCGGUGUCGUCUGCCCGAUACAGAAAAAUUAAAAAAGCACCAUGGGCGGCUGGCAGUGAGUACGUCUACCGGAUGCACGCCAUCUCGGUCAGCGACAUUCCUGAGCUGGGUCCGCAGGCGGCCGGUGUCAAAUUCGACUCCCAGCUGACGGUCCAGUGCCGCGACGCUGGGUCCAUCGUCGUCAAGCUGGUGGACGUCACCGCCUGGAAUUUCCACACGGACGUCGGCGAGAGCUGGAGCGAACUCGAGUCCAGCCAACUCGGCACCCAGGUCGUCGUCGAAGGCAAAUAUUUUCUAGAGAAACCCUUCGUCAUUCGUCACCGCGAGGGCUUGUUUGAAUCGCUGGUGGUGAGUGCGGACGAGCCAUUUUGGUCCAUCAACAUGAAGAAAGCCGUGGCGUCCAAGUUGCAGCUGCACGUCUCUGGCAGCCGAAGUGUCGAGUCAGCGUCGCGCAACUUUGGCCUGCCAACGGAAGACUCUUAUGACGACGUCAACUCUGUCUUCAAAGUCUUUGAGAGCGGUGUGACUGGCGAGUGCGAAACCCUCUACGAGAUCGCCCCGUUAUCGGAUGCCCUCAUUCGCUCCGACAGCAAACUCAACCCCAUGCCCAAGCUUUGCGUCGAAGGGACUUUCUUCCAAGUGGUCAAGACCAAGGACUACAGCAAGUGUCGGCUCAACAAGCCCGUCUACACCAUCAUCGCUCCUUCCGGAUGGCAAUGCAAAUCGGGCGUGGCCGCUUGCGGAACAGCUCGUUCGCGCUCUUCCGUCAAUCGUUACAUCGCCUGCGGCAGCUUGGAAUCCUUCACGUUAUUGAAGAUGACGCAUCAAGGAGAAGUGCGGACCAGUCCGUACGCCUACGACACGGAGCAGCUCAGGUCUCUUUCGCUGAUGAAGUUGACGCUGCAGGCCGUCCGCCACGCUUCGUCUUCUUCGGCCUGGCCGCCCAAGGAUUUGGACAGUGGACUGGCCAUCGGAUCGCUGGUCUAUUCUUUCCCGGGAACGAACGCCAGCAGCAGCAGUUGGCUUUCGGACGGACUGAUGCGGAUGCCUCUCCUGCGCGAUCCCGACCAACUCCACCAGGGCGUCGACAACCUUCUGGAAGAGGUGGAUCGCCUUUUGGCCAAGGCUGUCGAUCAAAUGGAAGUUAGCCAAGAGGAAGCAGCUGUCGAUACGAUUUCAGCCAUUUCACAUCUCGUCCGACACUUGGACUACCAGAAAAUCAGUUCACUCGUUGGAGAAAUUGGCCAUCGCUCGACUCUUGAGAGGAGCAUCUUGCUGGAUGCAGUGAUUGCAGCUGGCAGCAAUCCAACAGUGACCUUCUUGAAAGAAGCCAUUCUGAGCCGACGACUUACCAAGUCAGAGAGUUUGCAAGCCAUUUCCGGUUUCCCGUUGUACGUGCGCACGCCGACAGCCGAGCUUCUUAACGAACUUUUUACUAUGCUGAAAGCCACCAGCGCUUUUUCAGGAUUGGAACGGCCCAUCUAUCACUCGGCGAUGAUGUCCGUUUCCCAACUGGCGCACGUGGCCUGUGUUAACGUCAGCGAAGCUCGAACUCGUUUUCCGGCUGGACUCUACGGCGACUUUUGCCAACCCAACGACGCUUUCAUUACCAGCCGACUGGUCCCGCUCCUCUACAAAGAAAUCAACGGAGGGGGCUCAAUCGAAGACAAAAUGGUUGCACUGACGGCCCUCGGAGAAAUCGGCCACGAAUCCAUUCUCUCCGUCGUUCUUCCCAUUAUUAAGGCUAAGGGUGAUUACUCUCCACUCAUCAGGACCAAAGCUGUAAUCAGUCUGCACAAAAUUGCUCACGAUUCCAACACAAAGGUCAUCCAAGUCCUGUCAACUACUUUCCAGAAUCCAAACGAGAGUAGUGAAGUUCGUAUGGCAGCUUUCACGCUGCUCAUUUUAGCCAAUCCUCCGGCGUAUAGGUGGCAGAGGAUCGCCGUUUCCACUUGGUUCGAACAUAGCGCUCAGGUAGCCUCCUUCGUGUACACGACUCUUUCCAGCUUGGCUAGCAACAUUGAACCGGUCGAGAACUUAAAAGAAUUAUCGGAGAAGGCACAAAUCGUGUUGCCGUUAGCCAAACGCGUUCCCUUAGGUUUGAAAUAUUCAUACAAUUUGAAACGGUCUCAGUUGGUGGCAGAACGCAACGCCGGCGCCGAGUUCCACAGCGAAAUGUUUAAUUCUGAAGAGUCCAUCUUCCCCAAAAGUUUGUACAGUCGGCUCAGUUGGGUUCUGGGGCCAUACCACUUUGACAUUUUCGAGUUUGAAGCGUACGGAGAAAACUGGAGAAGUGCCUGGGACCGAAUUGUGGCCAAAUUCAACCCGUCCUCGGAGAACGGUGACAGUUCUCAAUCAAGAAAUAGCGGCCGCUUCCGCGAAUUCGACCUGCAUCCAGACCUGCGCCGAGUGAAGAAACAGCUCAACGCCAAAAGUCCCAUUCCAGCACAGGACGCCGGAUCGGCGGACGCCUUCUUGCAUCUGAGUUUGAUGAAAGCUGUUCAUCAUUUCACUUCCUUCGACGAGGCAGGCAUUACCGACUUAAUACAAAGUCUUUUGGCUUCCAGUAGCGUCUCUGUCAAGCGCGAAUUUUCCCGUCGCAAGUGGAUGCCUUUGACUCACGCUGAAGUUCUGGUGCCAAGCACGCUUGGCUUCAUGAUUAGUACACGCACUCAGACUCAAGUUUUGACAUCUUUCAAAGGUGAUAUGCAAAUCACCAACGGAGGCUUCAGCGAUUUUAUGGAUUUGAAGAAAUGGGCUAGUUCCGCCUCUAUCAAGAAUCUGGGUCUUGAACUUGACGUCAAGCCAACAAUAGUCGUCAAAUUGAUGGCCAGCAUGAGUGUCAACGUGGAAUUCACUAAAGCGAUACCAGUUUCGGGCGUUGACACUCACGUGACCCUUAGUCUACCUGGCCGGUUAACUCUUGGUGUCGAACUAGACAACUGGAAAUUGAUGACGGCCUGGAAGCCGGCUUCAUCGGGUCCGGCUGGGCUUACCACCCUUUAUCACUACCGGGUCCGGCCGUUCACGGCUCUACAGGCUCUCGGCACGGACCUGCCAAUUAAUCCUAGUCCCGGUGAAUCAAAAGAUGUUCAUGCAUUUGGAGUGACUCCUCAGACGCAUCAAUAUCCAGUCGGGGGCAAGACCGGAUUGAAAUUGGAUUGGACAAGCAGGAGUGAACUUCCAGCUUCGGCCAAUCAUCGAUCCAUUUGGCAAGAACCACUUUCCAAAAUCCUCAUGGACGCGAACUUUGCUCUCCUUCCUGUUUCACUCCACCUUCAGUCUUACCGCGUUACUCUGGAUCCAAUUGCCUCCGAAACCACCAAAAUUGUCUUCUCCUUGAAUCUCGAUGCAGCAGAUAAGUUGGAUAGAGGAACUCAAGUGUACAGCACAGGUUCGAAAUCACCUGCCGCCAUCAAAGAACCGGCCAAUCGCAUUCAGUACCUGUCAAACAAUAUGGAACCUCAAAUCAAGAAGAAACUUAACAAGGUUCUGGGCCCUGUACCAAAAGGAUCGGCCAUUCACGUGGACGCCAAGUUCAUCAUGGAAAAAAUGGGUUCACCGCCUAAGAUUUAUGGUGCCUCUUUUGCUGGAGCAUACGGAACGGAAGGCACCAAACUGGCCGUUAAUGCUCAGCUGGAAUUACCCAUCAAUCAAGAAGUGUCGGAUCCGUUUACCUUAUGCAUUGAAGGAGGCGGAAACUAUCCGCGACUACCUUCCCUGGACCGACGUACUUUGAUUGAGACAGCAAUGGAAGCUUCUUGGAACGCCAACAUUGGUUUUGGAGACUCUUGUUCUGACCAUCAGAUCGUUGUUGAUGUUGGCAUGAGACGCAGCGAAACGUUUGGGCGAUACGUGGAAGAUUCGCCAGAGAAUCGAGAUUGCAUCAUGCACGAAUCUCGUGGAGAAUUCAGCCAUGAGCAAUGUCUGGCUGUCAAGGAGCUUGCCACCGUGCUGGACGAGUACGACGCCACCGUCAAAUACGGCCACAUGUUACCCAUACUGUUGAACGCCACGCUGGGCAUGGAAGGCUGGCUGAAAAGCAAAUUCUAUCCGCACCUGUCGGAAAAUCGAGUCGGAGUCAAUAACGCCAACAAGCAGCUGCGAAUCUCCGCCAAAGUUCAACCGUCCUUGUCGGCCGUUGAUUUGAUGUUUUUCAAGCCGCAGUCCAACACUUUGUUCCGUGAACUUCCGCUUUCCGACACGGCCAAUGUGGUUUUCCCAAUCAGCGCCAAGAGUUCUUUCAUCGAGAGAUUGAUCGACAACACCAUCAGCGAUGGAUUUGCUCCGAUUUGUCGCUUGGAAAGGAAUAGCAUUACGACGUUCGACAAAGUGCAAUACAAUGCGCACAUCAACGACUGUGAGCAUGUCGUGUUGACGGUUCCAGGCAUCGAGACGCUGGCCGUGCUGAUGCGUCAAGAUGGCGAGAACAAAACCGUUACCCUGUUGGUUGGAAGAGAUAAAUUGGAAGUGUCCGCAGCCAGCCUAAAAAUUCGAUACAAUGACAUGGACGUGGUCGUCACCGAGGAUCAACCACUCGAGGUUCAUCAUGCAGAGCAGGCUUAUCAGUCAAGCUCACGACCGUCCAUUGGAGUGUAUAAGAUCGGGCCAGCUGCAUUCAAGCUUUCUUCACACAGCCAUGACAUUCACAUAGUCUCCGACGCCUCCAGCAGCGUCACUGUCAAGGCACCCAGAUCAUUCCAAGGAAAGAUGAUCGGCCUUUGUGGUAACAUGGAUGGAGAAAUCGUUUCCGAGUUGCGUGAUCCUCAGCGUUGCACACUCUCAUCAGGAACCUUGAUGGCCGCUUCUUACCAACUGAACGAUGGCCACCAAGGAAGGACGUGCUUGGGUCUACCCGACAAAGUCCGCGGCCAGCUACGUGAGGAGCAAAAUACCUGCCACAACAAACAUGAUCGAGACUCAAAGGAACCCCCCAUUUAUCCUUCGCCUCCAAGCUCCCCACCUACUGAUAGUUGCAUAAUUCGGCGAACACUUGUGGUAGUACGUAGUUCCGAUGAAGCCAGAUGUUUUUCAACUAGCAUCGUGAAAGAAUGCCGAGCAUCCUGCUACGGCCCUUCCAAGCCCACUAUAAUUGGAUUUCACUGUGUUACGAACCCAAAAUUAGGCGAAGAGCUGGAACAAGAGGCAAAGCAUAAAGUGUUGACUUUUAUGCUCGGCAAGAAAGAAGACAUCCGUACAACGCGCUACUUACCGACUGUUUGUCGACCCAAUGUUGAACAGGUUGACUCUAUGUUCACUUAGGCGUUUCGAGCGUAAUUUGAGUACGCUUUACUUCCUUCUGAUUUGACACCCAUGCCAACAGGCAACAAUCAUUUAAUACAGUUACAACAUUGGCCGCUAUUAAUUGUUCAAAUAAAUCGAUUCAUUGAA